CCACGACUAUACAUUUCGCAGUCUAUUCAUCUUUUGACUUUUCCUUUAAUUUUGAAAUGAGCAACAAAGAAGACUUGUGCAGACGUUUGGAUAUCAUUCCAACUAGUGGAGCAGUUGACGAUGAGACAUGUCGAACAUUUGUGUUGCAUGAAGAAGAUCAUACCUUAGGAAACUCACUUAGAUUCAUGAUUGCAAAAAAUUCAGAUGUCAGUUUCUGUGGUUAUACCAUUCCCCAUCCAUCAGAACAUAAAAUCAACAUGAGAAUACAGACUAAUGGUAUAUAUGCCAUUGAUGCAUUAAGGAAAGGAUUUUCUGAUUUAUCUGAUGUAUGUGAUCAUGUCCAAAAAAAGUUUGAGUUGGCAGUGAAUAAUUUUAAAUCAAUGGCAAUGAAUGAAGAAGAAAUGUAGACAAAGAAGGAAAGGAUUGGAUGGUGCAAAGAAACAAUGGGAUACAAUAGCUGAUCUACCUUAAUGAAAUGAAAAUCUCUGAGUAAACAUGAAAUAUAGCAAAAAUAAAUAUUUAUAUUAACUUCAA